UUUUUUAUUUCCCUCUUCGUCAUCAUCAUCAUCAUCGCCUUCUCUGAAGGGAAGGGUCUCUCUCCCUACUGUGCGAUUUUCUCCUCUACCUAACCGUACGGUUCCUUCGAGAACCUUCCGAAGCGUCGCAUCUUUAAUUAAUUGCAUCGUGACCUUCUAUUAUUUUCGUCGAAUUUGAAGCCAUGAAUGUGCGCGGUGAACUCAGUUCUCCGGAUCCGUUGGAUUCGUUUCCUCCGUUACGGGUUCGGGAAUCGGACGGUGCCUCCGACGAUUCCGAGUUCGAGCGGUAUUGCAGCGCCAACUCGGUGAUGGGAACGCCCAGCACCAGCAUGAGCAUGUGCAGCGCUGUCACGCUCUUCCAGGAUUUCUCCGAUUGCGAUUUCGCUUCUUCCGCGGAGGGUUUCGAGAGUUUCAGUUUGGGAAAAGGAACGUCGGAAGCAAAUUUCUCCGGCGACCGACGACGGAGUCUGCGGUACGGUUCCAGUGGAUUGGAGCUGUACGGUGAUUGCAGUGAGGAGCUUGCUUUGACUGCGCUCGAUUCCUCGGAGUUGAUUGGGUUUAACCGGAUCGGAGAGUUGAAUGGGAACGGUGAAGUGAGUGCUGGAGAAGGUGGUGUAAAUGGUUUUGAAUUUCAGAUUGAUAAAAGAGAUGAGGAAGAAGAAGAAGAAGAAGAAUUGGAAGAGUUAUCGGAGGGUGAUGAUUCUAUGUAUAAUUAUGACAGUGAUGGUAAUGGUGACAGUGGAAAGGAAAUUUAUUUGACGGAAAACUUGGGUUAUUGUGAAGAGAGGGAAGUGAGAAACGAGAACCCUUUGUUUAUGAACACUUCUGUGGCCUAUGGUUCGCGAGACUUGGAUGAUUUUUUGCUGCAAAACGGUCCGGUUUCUGUCAUGUCUGAUCUAUUUCACAGUCAGCGAAAAAAGAAUGAUACAUUGAAUCCAGGUUCUGGUCAAAAGGAGCAAGGCAAAAAUGUAAAAGACAUGGUUAUAGUCAAUGAAGUUGAAGAUACUAAAUAUAUAGGUUAUUCUGAUGCCGUAGAAAAGGUUAGGGAAAGGGAAGUUGUUAUGCCUGCUUACUUAGAGGAAAGUUCUGCAGCAAUCGAUCCUCCGAGCAGUGUCAAGAUGCCGAUCCGAGGUUCUGGUGAUUUAGUUAGUUGUCCUGAAAUUUCUUCUGUUACCGAGGUGGAUGAAGUUCAUUUGGAUCUGCCGGAGAAAGAAGCUCCUCGGAGUAUGGGUUUGGAUGUUAAUGGUUGUGGUAGCAUGGAGAAAGGAAAUGUCAACAGUCAAGAAGCUAUUGCAGCUAGUGAUGCUCCUGGUGUAAAGUCGGAGCUGAAUGAUUCUAAGUUCAGGCUUGAUCACAUUAGUGAUGAUAGCCAAUUUCAUAAGAGUUCUUCCAAUUCAUCCAGCCAUCUUGAGAACGUUAUUGCAAAAUCAUUUGAGUGUGUUGAACCAACUGCGCAGCAGUCAGACAGUGGAAGGAGGAAAACAUUAGAGAGUUCACCCACUUCAACAAAUCUCUUAGAGAAAAGUCCUGUGGUGUCUAAGACAGAAGACUUUGAGCUAAAUGAAUUUUAUGACGAGGUUGUUCAGGAAAUGGAAGAAAUUUUACUCGAAUCUGUGGAUUCUCCUCGGGCCAGGCUUUCCAUGGGUAACAGAUUGGUUGAGCCUCAAUUUUCUAUGCCUUCAAGAGAUGGUGGGUUGACUGCUUCUACUUCUAGCACAGAUGAUGCUUACCUGCUAGUUCAACGUCCAAGAAGAAUAGAUAGGAUUGAAGUGGUAGGUGCGAGGCAGAAGAAAGGGGAUGUUUCUUUCAGUGAACGAUUGGUUGGAGUGAAGGAAUACACUGUGUAUAUAAUUAAAGUGUGGAGUGGCAAGGACCAGUGGGAGGUUGAAAGGCGAUAUCGUGAUUUCUUCACUCUUUAUCGUUGCAUGAAAGCAUUAUUUAAUGAGCAAGGCUGGAAACUACCUUUGCCAUGGUCUUCUGUUGAAAAGGAAACCCAGAUAUUUAGAAGUGCAUCUCCAGAUAUUAUUGUGAAAAGAAGUGUUCUCAUACAAGAGUGUUUACAGUCUAUUAUCCAUUCCAGGUCCUCUCCUCCUAGAGCAUUGAUAUGGUUUUUGUCCCAUCAAGAUUCGUAUCCUAUUUCACCUGUGUCAAAUGUACCGGUUUCUCAGUCUUCCUUUACAGGCUGGCAAAAUUUUCGAAACAUUUCCAAUUUAGGAAAGACAAUUUCACUCAUUGUUGAAAUUCCACCAAACAAAUCUAUCAAACAAUUGUUAGAAGCACAGCAUCACACCUGUGCUGGAUGCCAUAAACAUUUUGAUGAUGGAAGAACUUUGAUUUGGGAUUUUGUACAGACAUUUGGAUGGCGGAAGCCUCGACUUUGUGAAUACACGGGCCAGUUGUUUUGUUCUUCUUGCCACACAAAUGAGACUGCAGUCUUGCCAGCCAGAAUUUUACAUCACUGGGAUUUUACUCAUUAUCAUGUUUCUCAGUUGGCAAAAUCCUAUCUAGAUUCUAUAUAUGAACAGCCCAUGCUCUGUGUCACUGCAGUUAAUCCCUUCCUCUUGUCAAAGGUCCCAGCCCUGCUUCAUAUUAUGAGUGUCAGAAAAAAGAUAGGUGUAAUGCUUCCAUAUGUUCGCUGCCCGUUUCGGAGGGCCAUUAACAGAGGACUUGGAAACAGGAGAUAUCUUCUCGAAAGCAAUGACUUUUUUGCUCUUAGAGAUUUGAUUGAUCUUUCCAGAGGAGUCUUUGCUGCACUUCCUGUGAUGGUGGAAACUGUGUCAAGGACAAUUCUGGAACACAUUACUGACCAAUGCCUUGUAUGUUGUGAUGUGGGAGACCCCUGUAAUGCCCGACAAGAUUGCAGUGACCCAUCUUCUCUCAUUUUCCCAUUUCAGGAAGAGGAGAUUGAAAGGUGCAAAGCUUGCAAGUUGGUUUUCCACAAGCAUUGUUUUAGAAAACUUGCAAAUUGUCCCUGUGGUGCUCAACUCAGAUUGAACGAGACAAGGAGCUUUACUAACAGAGCAAGCCAAAGGGGUGAAACAAGAGGAGCUUUGGACUUAUUAGGCAGAGGACUCACUUCUGGGUUCUCACAAAGGUUCUUAUCUGGAUUAUUUACGUCAGAAAAACCAGAGAAGACUAGGGACCAUAAAGACGAAAAUAUUAUUUUAAUGGGCUCCUUACCAACCACAUCUUUAUGAUCAUCAAAAUUACUGUCAAUUUCUUAUGUUUAUCAGCUAUACCAUACAUUUUAUUACAUCUUAGGAUGUUUCUUCAAUAAACGCAUUUGCCCAUGUAGUCAUAUUUUGGGUUUGUCAUUCUUUGUAAAAUGAUGUUAUUAAUGUAUAGUUUUACCUCUUAUUUUAUUUUA